UUUUUUAUCUCCGUAUAAAUAUACUCUCUCCCUCCUCUGUUACUCGCUCGCCCUCUCAUGGUUCUGGUAUUGGCCUCGACUCUCUGGAGAAUGCAUUCGGCCUUGCUCAUCGGCCUUCUCACCUCCGCCGCCGUCGUCGUACUAACUUUUUGUGCGGCGACCGUUGCGUGCGUCAGGAUGUUCCGCAGGCGCAUACCGUCCGCCGGGUGCUUUCGGGACUUGGGCCGCUUGGAGAUGGGUCCAGGCCAGGCCCGCGUCGCCGAUGAGACCGAGCCGGAGAAGGGGAAUCCGGCGGCGAAGCAGGCGGCGGUUCCCCGGCGGUUCAGGUGGGAUGAGGUAGAUUCGGCGACCGGUAAGUUCUCCCUCUCCGCGGUGGUCGGCGAGGGGGGAUCCAGCACCGUCUACCUCGCCCGCUUCUCGGAUUGCUCCUCCCUCGCCGCCCUCAAGCUACACCGCCCCAGCGAGCGGCUCCACCAUGCGUUCCGCCAGGAGCUCGACGUCCUCCUACGGCUCCGCCACCCGCACAUCGUCCGCCUCCUCGGUUAUUGCGACGACCGUGAGGCGGAAGGGGCUUUGGUGUUCGAGUACGUGGCGAACGGGAGCCUCCACGAGAAGCUCCAUGGAAGCGGCGGGGAGGUGCUGCCGUGGGCGCGGCGGAUGGCGGUGGCGCACCAGGUGGCGCAGGCGCUGGACUACCUCCACGAGGGCUGCGACCCCCAGGUGGUGCACGGCGACGUGAAGGCCGCGAACGUGCUCCUCGACGGGCGGAUGGCGGCGAAGCUGUGCGACUUCGGAUCCUCGCGGGUGGGUUUCUCGGCGGCGGUGGCGCCGCCGCGAUCCGGGCGGACCAUGGUGGUGGGCUCGCCGGGGUACGUCGACCCGCACUACCUGCGGUGCGGGGUGAUCUCCAAGAAGAGCGACGUCUACAGCUUCGGGGUGUUGCUGCUGGAGCUGGUCACCGGCGCGGAGGCAUUCGACGCGGAGAGGGAGAGACGGCUGACGGCCGAAAUGGCCCCUGCGUUGCGGGACCCGCAGGGCCGGGCAUCGGAGGCGGUGGACCCCGGCUUAUCAGGGGAGUACGACGCCGGAGAGGCGGCCGAGGUACUAAGAAUGGCGGCGAUGUGCCUCGGGGACAACCCUAGCCUCCGCCCGUCGAUGUGCCACGUGGCGGCGAUGCUGCGACAGAAGACAGCGGCGGCGUCCAUCGAGUCCGUCGCAGCUGAAUACCUAAAAGAGAGUUUUGGUUGAAGUUUAGUUACUCUACUAUGACAUCAAUUUUUGGCUAAGCUCUCUAAUAACAACUCCAUAUCUUUUAUUUAAAA